AUGCAGCAAAAACCGCCGGUUAGCGAUAACGAACUAAACGAAGAAUUAGCCAAUAAUUUCCCUAAAUUUUUUCUAGAAGACCUGACUCACUUCCAUCGGCUCAAAAAGCCUACAAUAAUGACUGGAAUUGCUACUAAAGAUGUCGACAUAACCAUAGUAAAUAGAGAAUUUUUAGAGGAAGUUCAUGAAAUUUUGAGAAAAUUGGUGGAUGCUACCGAUUUAACUCCUUUUAGUGAUGAAGAAAUUACCAAUUUUUUAAAUGAAACAAGGAAGUCAAAACUGCCAAUCGGCACCGAAGAUCGAGAUAUCAGCACUAGUGAAUUUGAAAUUCUUGGCAACAAGAAGGCUAAAUAUAAAAAAGAUUAUGAGAUAGAAUUAUUGGUUCACCAAAAAGCCAUGGUCGACCAAGCCAUCACAAUUAAGGAAAAAAUUGCUAAAAGUGAAAAUUAUAAAGAUUUUGAGAAUGAUGGUGAAAAUAUAAACCCUCUUCUCCAAAAAAUUGGCAAAUUGGACGAUAAACUACUUCCUGGCGAGCUAAAAAAUACUACUUUAUCAAGGGUGUUUGAAGAGAGAAAGCUAGUUGUUUGA